AUGACAACUGAUCUCAGUGCUGUCUACGGGGGCGAUGAACCUUCGUUGAUCCACAAGACCUUAGGACAACUGACCGAUGAGCAGGACGAACAAUACAGAGCCAAGACCUUCCUCAUAUCGACAUACCAGAAGCGAAAUGUCUCGUACGCAGAGCUCGCACACCGCUCGCGAGUGCUAGCUAAGGCUUUGUUGUCUUCGGAUCUUCAGUUCGGUGACCACAUUGGCAUCUUCUUGCCCUCUUGCGUCGAGCACAUCGAGAUCUUCCUGGCUGCCGCACGCGUCGGUCUGCCAAUAGUGUCAUUCAACCUCACAUUCACAGCCAGGGAGCUCGCCGACGCGGCCGCCUUCACGGACUGCAAAGCCAUCUUCAUCUGCUCAGAGCUUGGACCGCGUUCGUUCAAAGAGCAUAUCAGCUUGCUGCAGUCUCUACCACAACUCCAGCACAUUAUCCAAGUGGGAAACGAUGUACGAGAAAGCUCACGAUGCACGCCCUACGCACGAUUCAGCACCCAGACUCCAAAGCCGUCCAUCGAUUUACGAAUAGCAGAAGCCCAGGUCUCACCCACAACAACACUCAACAUCCAAUUCACCUCCGGCACAACCGGCCGCCCCAAAGCCGCCCUCCUCACCCACCACGGCAUGCUCAACAACGCCCAUUUCUCCUCAAAUUUCGUCAACAUCGGUCCCAACGACAUCUCCCUCCAAUGCGCACCCCUCUUCCACUGCCUCGGCACAAUAGGCACAUUCCUCAUGGCCUUCAUCCGCGGCGGCUCACUCGUGAUUCCCUCCCCAGGGUUCGAUCCCGCGGCAACCCUCUCCGCUAUGAUCGAGUACAAAGCCACCAUCAUGACCGGUGUUCCAACCAUGUUCCUCGCCGUGGCUGAAGUAGCCAAGAAACGCGGCCUCGCAGGGAAGAUCACCAGCCUGCGCACCGGCUUCGUGGCCGGCUCGCCCUGUAGUCGCGAGCAUCUCGAUACGAUGUCUACCGUCUUAGGUAUGAGAGAACCCUGCAUCGGGUACGGCAUCACCGAGGUCUCAAUGGGCACUUCUGGCACGCAUCCGGAUGACUCUGUUGAAAAGCGUGUUGCGACUUGUGGGAAGGCACAUCCGCAUAUCUCAUUACGGGUGGUGGAUAAGAGAGACCCGUCCAGGAUCCUGCCCAGGAAUCAGCCCGGCGAGUUGCUCAUCUCGAGCUACGGGCUUUUUGCGGGGUACUACAAGCAGCCCGAGAAGACCGCGGAGGCGAUCUAUACUGACAGGGAUAAUGGUAUGAGGUGGUUCCGAACGGGAGAUGAGGCGAAGAUCGAUGAAGAGGGAUUUCUGAUCAUUACGGGAAGGAUCAAGGAUAUUAUUAUCAGGGGUGGGGAGAACAUCUACCCAGCCGAGAUAGAACAUCGACUCGCUCAGCAUCCUCGUAUUGCUGAAGCGUGCGUUCUUGGCUUGCCGGAUGCGAGGUAUGGCGAGGUUGUUGCGGCUUUCCUGCGUCCAACGGACCCAAUCCUAUCAACACAACCGGACUCGACACCGAGCAACGAUGAAAUUUGCAGCUGGGUACGGGAGAAGUUGGCGCGGCAGAAGGCGCCAAAGCAUAUUUUCUGGCUAGGCCAAGGCGUGUUGUCGGAGGUCAAGGAAUUCCCGAAGACGGGAAGUGGGAAGUUGCAGAAGCAUGUUUUGAAGGAGCUAGUCCUGAAUGGGAGUGGCGGUGGGAAGGCGAAGUUGUAG